UCCACCGUUUUCCCCAGCUCAGGCCAGUGGGGCAUGCGCAUUACUUGUUCUCCUAAACCAGCUCGGCUUUUCCCGCCCUACGCUGGCCUCCGGAGGAGGGUUGGAGUUUAUGGUCCUCUCUGGGGAUGCUUGCUGGGGAUGCAGGAACUGGUGGGUAGUGGAUGUCCUUUAAGUCUUGAAUAUUAAGAAGCAAAUUUCAUUCUUUGAGACUAACUCCUAAGGGCCAGAAGGCGGGAAGAAGUUGUGUGGGCGGGGUCAGGGGGUGAAAGGUCAUAGGGCUCCGGAGGGGCGGAGCGAGCCGAAGACCGAUGGCGGCUGCGACGGCUCAUCACAUUUGGCGGCAGAGUCGCUGAAGCAGGGACGUGGGUCGGGAGCGUCCGGCGGUGGGAGUAGAGCAGUGGCUGCCCCCAACAUGCACAGUCUGGCAACGGCUGCGCCUGUGCCUACUGCACUGGCUCAAGUGGAUAGAGAGAAGAUCUAUCAGUGGAUCAACGAGCUGUCCAGUCCUGAGACAAGGGAAAAUGCUUUGCUGGAGCUAAGUAAAAAGCGAGAAUCUGUUCCUGACCUUGCACCCAUGCUGUGGCAUUCGUUUGGUACUAUUGCAGCACUUUUACAGGAAAUUGUAAAUAUUUAUCCAUCUAUCAACCCACCCACCUUGACAGCACACCAGUCUAACAGAGUCUGCAAUGCUCUGGCGUUACUGCAGUGUGUGGCGUCACACCCAGAAACCAGGUCAGCAUUUCUUGCAGCACACAUCCCACUUUUUUUGUACCCCUUUUUGCACACUGUCAGCAAAACACGUCCCUUUGAAUAUCUCCGGCUAACCAGUCUUGGAGUUAUUGGGGCUCUGGUGAAAACAGAUGAACAGGAAGUAAUCAACUUUCUAUUGACAACAGAAAUUAUCCCUUUGUGUUUGCGCAUUAUGGAAUCUGGAAGCGAACUGUCUAAAACAGUUGCCACAUUCAUCCUCCAGAAGAUCCUCUUAGAUGACACCGGUUUGGCUUACAUAUGUCAGACAUAUGAGCGUUUCUCCCAUGUUGCCAUGAUCUUGGGCAAGAUGGUCCUGCAGCUAUCCAAAGAGCCUUCUGCCCGUCUGCUGAAGCACGUAGUGAGGUGUUACCUUCGACUCUCAGAUAACCCCAGGGCACGUGAAGCACUCAGGCAGUGCCUCCCUGACCAGCUGAAGGACACAACCUUUAACCAGGUGCUAAAAGAUGACACCACCACGAAACGCUGGCUUGGACAACUGGUGAAGAACCUGCAAGAGGGCCAGGCUGUCCUGGAAGGGUAUUAUAUUGAGGGAGGAGAGACGGCGGUGGAUCUCACCUUCAACUCAAGUCCUCAAAGAUGUUUUCUGGAAGACCUUUAAGAGGGAGGUGCCUGGGAUUAAGAAGAUAGGCUACUCCAUCCCAUUUUUUUUUGUUUUGUUUUAGUGUGAAUUUCUGCUCCAUCUGUCUUCAUUUUGUACUUGAAGCAGUAUUAGCUGAAUUGAGUUCAUUUUGUUCAGAUUUAAGGUAGAGUUUUGAGUCUACUAUCUUAAGUCCACUCAGUCUUUUUUUUUUUUGGACACAUUCCCUUUUGGUCUAUGGGAAUUACAGGGUUACCACUAAAAUAUUUUUUACUGUUCACAUUGUGUUAGAGAAGCCCCCUUCCUUCUCUUGAGCUUUGUGUGACUAUUCACAAUCCGGUGUGAACUACCUUGCCUUCCCUCCAUCCCUCCUCUAGCCAGUACUGCUCUCUUAUCCCCAACUCCAGUCAACAGUGGGGUUGUUAAUUCAACGCUAGAGAGAGACCAGGUAUUUUCCUUUCACAUCUCACACAAUUGAAGGUGUCUCUGAGUAAGUGUGGGACGAGGGUCUAUAAGUUGUGACUUCAGAGAAAUCUUUACAGAGGCAGUUUUGCCAACACAAGGGCUCUUUCAAAGCCGACUUUCACAAGGGGAGCCGGCCUUGCUAGUUGGCUCCUGUCUCUUUAGAGCCAAGAAAGUUGAAAUUAAGUAGUCUAGGUGUAGGAAGGGUAGGAUAAGCACUUAUUCCCCUGCCUUCCAAGCUGAAGAGGAGAACGAAGCCAGCUCUCAGUAAUCUCAAGUCUGAAGAGAAGAGGUCUUGGAGGAGCAGAAAAAGCCCAGACUGGAGAGACGUCUUGACUGCCUUCAGCCCAUAGUUUGUAUCUGGAGAGCCCAGCUAGGGUAACCCUGAGUUUUGCCAGCCACCUCCCAGCUGAGCCAAAGUUCUCUCAUUCCCCCUCCACUGGACAAGCAGCUGAGGCCCAGGGCCUUGCUCCCUGGGAAAAUUUCUUUACUCUCCAUCUUUUGGUGCAUUGGCCAUAUUGUUGUGCCAAGAGUGUCUUAAUCCUCGUUCCAUCUAUUCUCAGCUGGCCUUGGGCCCCACAUAGGUGUUCCAGGGGAGGGAUGGAAAUGGGCGUUAUUCCCUGUAGUUGAUCCUGAUAUCGUGUGUGUAAAUAGACCCCUCCUCUCAUUUUGUGUUUUUCAUCCCUUGCACUCCCUCAACAGGAUUGAAAUAAAAUAUGCUUCUGUUUUUAUAAAAGUAAGUUUUU